AUGACUAGACUGGCGAAGGCAGACCUGUGCACUUGCCUACUGUAGGCAUUGUUUGCCAUGCCACUAAUGCUGCCAACCAAGCAAAGCCUUCACGGGGGGAAUAAUGACUGGAGACUGCCCGUCGACCUCUUCCAAGAUGGAUGCCCUGUCUUUUUUUUAUUUGUCCCUUGUAUGCGUCUUCUCUUUAGGCAUUUUAAUCCUUUUCUGUUUCUGUACUGUGUUUGUAAAUGUUCUCUAACUAAAAUGCUGUUUAAUAAAUUAGUGCCUGAUGUGCAGCAUGCAUGCGUGUGUGUGUGAGAGAUUGUGUGUGGGCAUGUGUGUGUGUAUGUUUAUAUUGGGAGUCAAUUUUUUUUGUGGAAGAAUUAAUUAUAACAUUUUGUUUUAAAAUGCCAAGAUAAAUGUUAUUUGUUAUUUGACAUUUACAUUUAACCAUAAAUUGUUUUAAAUUGCAAGAGUUUGUUUUCAACAAACUUAAUGUACAGCAUUGAAACAUUCAGUUGAUUUGAGACCACAACAUUUGCUAUGAAUGCUGUAUGUAGAGAGACCCCUUUUCCUGUUUGGGUAAUGAUAUCUGUCUGCUUAUUUGUAUAUGCUGCUAAGUAAAAAUAGUGUAAGUUUUAUGGAUAAUAUUGAAAGCUAGCUGCAGCAAAAAAAAAUCUGUUUUAUACCACAUUUGCAUUUUUCAAACAAUUUGACUUUAGUUUUAAUCAAUUAUUAAAAAUCUCAUGUUUUAAAGAUUUUUUUAACAGCAGAUAAUGCAAUUAGUUGAAAAUGUGAACCUGAUUUCUUGCCUGUGUUUCAGGCCUUCCCAGAAAUACCUGCUGCGCUCUCAGUUCACUCAAAAUCUGCCAUUUAAAAAAAAAAUUCUUUCUUUCCAGUGUUUGUAUUAUCAACAUUAUUAUGUAAUGUAAAAUAGAUCAUGCAUUUGGGUUAGAAAAAUGCAGUAUACUGUAUGAUUUUUAUUUCUAAAAUAAUACUUGCUAAAAUUGAUAUGAGAUCAUUUUUCUUAUCUAAAAUCUAGCUGCUUGGUAAUAUAAAAGUAAGAAUUGAUGUUUCUUAAUAUGACACUGUGUGGAAGAAUUUUUCUUAACUGACUAAACUUGUAUCUUUAUAUUAUAACCCAAGUAUUGGCAGUUUUUCCUAGUGUACGCAGUGAUUUGUGCUGGGGUACAAUUUUCUUGGGAGCCAACAGCUCUUGUGUAUUACUUAAAGGUGAUUGUUUAUAUGUGUAUUGACAACAAAAGUAAGUGGGUUAAUGAAAACUAAAUAGUGAAAAUGUUCAUCAGAUCAAGCAGCUUCUGUGAAGAGAGAAACAAAGUUAACGUUCUGCUGGAAACAUCAAUUCUCUAGUACUGUGGAAGAAUAAUACAGUAUAUCUAAAUCUUAUCCAUACUCAGAAUCCACCCAUGUGGUUUUAAACACAGUUCAUGGAUUAGUUACAUAAUAUCGGAAAUUAAGCUCUAGACUUCCCUGGUCCACAAGGCACUAUCAACUUUCAAAGGAAUUGUCUCAUGGAACUCCUUGGUAGAUCUCUUUUACUGCUUGUUUUUAGAAAGCAAUAGAGUUAGAUUUGUAUUACAAACUAUGAUUUGAGUAAUUACAAUUUAAAUGCUAAGCUGAAACUCGGUUAAAUUUUAGCGAUGAUCACAAAGAACAUUUGAUGUGUUAGUUCUUUAAUGCUGCAAGUUGAGGAUUGUUAUGAAGAAUUGCAGUUAACUUGGAUAUAUUGUUUACCUUUGUUUAUACAUUUGUUGCUGUUCAGAAUAGUUCCACUAACCCAUAGUGACAUGGACAAUUUAACACAUUUGGCAUAAGAAUAGAUGAAAAAGAGUGGUAAUGUAUUCUUUCGUCCAGACAUGGUACAGCCUUCAUGCAUCAUUUGUCCAUUGACUUCCAAUUAAAGUCAAGGGAAUUUUAUGGGAAAGGAUAAUAAACUUGUGUUGUUAUGGAAAAUCAGGAAAAUUCUCCUAAGAACAAACACAUUUUAGGUGACUUUAGUAUCCAGUGCAAGUGAGAUCAUUCAAGAUGUUCUGAAAAUGUCAGUUCUGACAAAAAAAAGUACUGCUUCUUCGGAAGCUUUCUAUUGUCACAUUUAUUUAGGAUUAUGGAGCAGAAAUGUCACAGAACUUUCUUAUUGUGAGGAGCAGGAUCAAGAUCAUCAGUAGAUAAGAGGGCCAAGUGAGGAUAAGCUGACAUGAUUCUACUCUUUAACGCUUGUGCAUCAGUUUCAAAUUCUUUUGUGCUGGUGAGAUGUGUGGUGAUUGUAGCCCACUUUGGAAAGGUAGAAUUCUUCUUUAACAUAUUUAGUUUGGGUUUUUGCAAUACAGUUGAAUGCAGUUUAAAAUUCACACUUCAUGUGAUUACCAUGCAUUAGGAGACCUAGCAGUGAGACCUAGUUAAUUAAAUACUAACUAUUAGCAGGCUUUUUCAACAUUCUUUGUGAGAUAGGAAUGCUUUAAGUCCUUGAGGAAGCUUUCAGUCUUCUCUCAGCCAUUUAUGGUUGCCCAAGAUUCUUUUCUUGCACUGCCAUCUACUCCUGUUCAGCUCACUAUCAACAAUAGCUUCUCUAUUUGUCAUGAAUGUGUCACCCUUAGCUUGCUUUCCUUCCUGGUCACUGGUCAGCCCAUAGAUCCAGCUGACUGUCAGAUGGGGAAUAACAUAAGAAAUUGAAAUGAAGUCCUGUUAAAUUUCGCUUGUAAUCCAGCCUGUAAAAUUCUGCAGUGUUCUACAUGGAUUUGCUUGCUGGCCUUUGCCUUUUUCUAAUGGACUUUUUAAAAAAAAAGUUUAAUUGAGAUUUUGAAUCUUAAAAACAAAUGAAAUUUAAUAUUAAUGAAUCUCUUUAGGUUUAAUAAUUAUGCCAGUAACCUGAUAAUUUUAAUGCAGCAGCUUCCUUUGCAAAAAGUUUAGGCUGUUAAAUCUUUCAUGCUUUAAACAAAACAAAAUAAUGAAUUGGUUUAUAAUGAACAUGUUUACUCUUCUGCUGCCAUUCAGUGUCAUUUCUUAAUCCUUUCCUGCUUCUGUCGACUUUUGCUUAUUGCUCCUCUUCAAAUAUCUGAUCUUUACACUUCCUUUCUACCAUUCUCAUUUGUGUUUCAUGAUGCUACAUAACAUUCUUUGACUCACUUGGUUCCUCUGUUCUCCUAUUUCCCAUUUUCCCCUUACAUACUCUCACCUAUUCUCCAUCUUAUAAUGACAGUUCAGUGGCAUGCCUGAGCUGUACCCAGCAGAGUAAGUAACAGAUUUGGCUUCUUAUCUGACACACUAGGUAGAAUUGAAAGUGCGUGUGAGCUGCAAUAGUGCUGUUAACAUGGAUUUUUAUCAAUAGACAAUAGGUGCAGAAGUAGACCAUUCGGCCCCUCGAGUCUGCACCGCCAUUCUGGGAUCAUGGCUGAUCAUUCACUAUCAAUACCCAGUCCCUGCCUUGUCCCCAUAUCCCUUGAUUCCCCUAUCCAUCAGAUAUCCAUCUGAAACGCAGGCUCAGUUGAUGGGUCAUUAGUUUUAUUUUGCAGCUUUUGUGCUGGAUAUAAUUAAUUUUAAAAAGGGAAGUUCCAUGGUUGCAAAAUUUCUUUGUUUAGUUCAUAUUUAUGAAACUUCAAUUUUUUUUGUUUAUUAAGACAAACAAACCCAAUUAUUUCUUCAUAUUCUGUAUGAACUUAAUAAUCUUAUUUUUGCUUAGCAACAGGAGUUACAGAUUUAGAAGUAACUUCCAAUCAAUAUAGAGACUUGCUUCGUAUAUCUUGUACCAUUUUACCAUUGAGAGUUUUAGAACACUUACUUUGCAAGGACUUUUUCAUCUCAACAACUACACAACAAAGCUAUGCUCCAGAAAGUUAGCUGAUUUCUGUUAUGUAGACCACAGGGUUAGGAUGGAAGGAAUUCUGUCCAUUGUUGGCUGUGUGCAAAGAAGCUAGGAAAAUAUAAUAGCCACCUAAGGACUGUGUGCAUCUUGGAAUGCAGUUAGUCCACCCCUUUUUAUUACCAGAGUAACUGAAAUCCAGUUAACUGUGAAGACAUUUGUGUUGAGGCACACAUACACUAUUUGACACCUUACUGAAUAAACGGACAACAAACAUUAGAACUGUAACUUGUAACUCAUUUUGCCCUGAAUAUCAUCAUUAUAUGAAACAGUUGUAAUCUCAUAAGUAAACAAUUAUAGUUUCUUGCUGUGAGUGUUUAACUGGUUUUUAAUUUUUUAAAAAAAUCAGUUCUCGGAUUUUGGCUAUGUGUCAUUUUAUUGGGGACUAAAAAAAAGAAUUUUAAAAAAUGUUCUUCUUUUCUGUAUCUGAUGUUCUGUGUGCUAGUAGUGAUGCAGCCAACAUGAACGGUUGUCGUGUGUAACACAACUUUCGAACACUGAGAGUGAUCGCCUGGGGAAAACGUCCAUGCUUGAUAUCGUAUGGUACAUGACCAAUAAGUUUCAAGUACAGGUGACCAUAGCUCAAAGUGUUAAAUUAUUGUCUACAUUUUUAAAUUUUAAAACAAAUUUUCCUGUAAUAUAUGGUUGCAUACAGUUUUGCACUUUUAAUCUUAUUACAGAGUAGGUUAAAAGACAUCUUUAUGUUUGUAUAUAUUUGGAAGGAUCUAGAAGUGAGCUCUCAGAUUAGUCAAUCUGUGCUGUUGAGAUGGGGAGCAAAAAAAUCUCAAUUUUUUAAAAAUUCCAUUAUCCUAAGUAAUUGUGUUGCUUCUUUCACAGGUAAAAUCCCAGAUGAAUCCAAAGCCUUGCCUCUUUUGGCUCCUGCCACUUCUGUUACAGGACUGAUAUCUGGUGCAGGUUUGCUCCCAGUACCUACUUCAAGCCCUCUGGUUUCUGUGAGUGAUAUUUUGAUACCGAAGAUUACUGGAGUUGAAGUAACCGGAGGUACAAUAGGGGCUGUUGUUGGUUCUGUCCCUAUUACUACACUGGGAGCACUACAAGCUGGACUCGAUCCUUCCCUAACAGCAUUAGGAAUAAGCUCUCAACCUCCAACAAUGGGCAAUGUCGAUCCUUCCAAGAUUGAAGAAAUUAGAAGAACCAUUUAUGUUGGAAACUUGAAUUCACAGACAACCACGGCAGACCAGCUACUAGAAUUUUUCAGCCAAGUUGGUGAGGUGAAAUUUGUCCGUAUGGCAGGAGAUGAGACCCAACCAACCAGAUUUGCCUUUGUGGAAUUUGCUGAGCAGUCUUCAGUUCUACGGGCCCUAGCCUUCAACGGAGCUAUGUUUGGGGAUCGGCCCUUAAAAAUCAAUCAUUCUAAUAAUGCAAUCGUGAAGCCUCCAGAGAUGACUCCACAGGCUGCUGCGAAAGAGCUUGAAGAAGUGAUGAAGAGAGUGAGAGAAGCGCAGUCCUUUAUAUCAGCAGUUAUUGAACCAGCAGCAGAAAAAGAAGGCACUGAAACAAACAGAAGAUCCAGAUCCUAUUCCCGAUCAAGAAAGAAAAGAUCUCGCUCCAGUUCUAAACAAAGACACUCCAGAAGCAGAUCUCCCUCAAAGCACAAAGAUAGGCGUGAUUCUAAGAGCCCUCAAGCAAAACGUUCACGAUCUAAAGAUAGGCGUAGAUCAAGAAGUUCUUCCCAGUCAAGGGAAAAGAAGCCAGAAGGAAAUAAUAAAGGGAAGGAAGAAAACAAGGAUGGAGAUGUGGAAAAUGAGAAAAAGAAAGAAAAGAAUUCCAGCACUCCACCAAGAAGAUCUCGAAGUUCAAGCAGAGAAAAAUAUAGGAAGAAAAGCAGAAGUUUAUCAAGAAAAAGAUCCAAGACGCCUAAAAGGAGGUCUAAGACACCAAAAAGAAAGUCCCGGUCACCACGCAGACGGUCCCGAUCACCACGUAGGCGGUCCCGGUCACCACGCAGGCGGUCCAGGUCACCGAGGAGAAGGUCGCGGUCGCCGAGGAGGAGAUCCCGGUCACCGAGGAGGAGGUCACGGUCACCAAGAAGGAGGUCCAGGUCGCCGAGAAGAAGGUCCAGGUCGCCAAGGAGGAGAUCCAGGUCACCGAGGAGAAGAUCCAGGUCACCGAGGAGGAGGUCCAGGUCACCAAAAAGAAGGCAGAGGACACCAAAAAGAAGGCUUUCCAAAUCGCCUUCUCCAAGAAGGAAUAGGAAAGAGAAAAGAAGAGACAAAGACAGAGAACAGAGCAAAGAUGGAGCUGAGAACAGAGAAAAUUCAAAUAGUCAAAACAUAGACAAAAGUAAACGCGAUCAUUCCACCUCAAAGAAGAAAAAAGACAAGGAGAGGGAGAAGGACAAAGACAAGGAGAGGGAGAAGGACAAAGACAAGGAGAGGGAGAAGGACAAAGACAAGGAGAGGGAGAAGGACAAAGACAAGGAGAGGGAGAAGGACAAAGACAAGGAGAGGGAGAAGGAUAAAGACAAGGAGAGGGAGAAGGACAAAGACAAGGAGAGGGAGAAGGAUAAAGACAAGGAGAGGGAGAAGGACAAAGACAAGGAGAGGGAGAAAGGGAAAGAUAGGGAGAGGGAAAAGAACAAAGACAAGGAAAAGGUGAAAGGCAAGAUGAAGGAAGACAAAGAUCAGGGGAAAGAUACACUAAAGGAGGAGAAAGAUGAGGGAAAAGAUGCACUUAAGGAAGAGAAAGGCAUGGAGAAAGAUGAAGCAUUGGCAGAGAAAGAUGAGAAUGAUGAAAUAGAGAAAAGUAAGGAAAGGGAGGAUAAGGCAAAGGAGAAAGAAGAGCAGAAAAAUGAGGUGAAUGAUAACGAAGAUAAAGACAAAGCAAAGGAGGAUGAGAAGAAAGAUAAGUCAAAGGAAGAGAAGAAUGAGGACAAAGACAAGGCAAAGGAAGCAAAGAAUGAGAAGGGGAAAGACGAGAAAGACAAAGCAAAGGAAGAGGACAAGGAGAUGGAGAAAGAUAAAACAGAGGAGAAGGAUAUGGAGGAGAAAGAACAAAAAGAUGAAGAACAAGACUGCAAAAUCAAGCUGAUUACAAGUCAUAUCAAGGUGGGAGAAGAUUUUGUUAAUGAAGAUGGCUUUAAUAGUGACAAAAGCAAAGAAAUUACAGGACCCAAGAAUAAUGUGUUAGUUAACGUUCAAGAAAAUGGUAAUCACAGCCUGAUUCAGUCAAACACGGAAGAAACACAAAAGUCUGAGAAUAUUCUAUUAGUUAAGGUUGAAGAGGAAAACAGGGGGAAAACAGACACACUGUCUAUGGACUUAAAUGAUACGCAGAACAAUUCUGCUUCUGUGAGUGAAGAAGAUUGUCUUUAACAACUCGGUCUUUCUGGAAUGGUUACAUAUCUGUUUGACAUCUAUGAUGUGUCCAGGUACUUAUUCAGUCUUCAGAAAUUUAGUACAAAAAGAAA